GGGUCGCGGUCCGCCGGGGGUGCCGAGAAGCAGCCGGACUUGACAGCAGCAAAUGUUUAUAACCUCCUGAAAAGAAACAUUAGUGCUUCAAUUAACCCAGAAGAUAGUACUUUCCCUGCAUGUUCGGUGGGCGGUAUACCUGGUUCCAAGAAGUGGUUCUUUGCAGUGCAAGCCAUAUGUGGAUUUUAUCAGUUUUGUAGUUCUGACUGGGAAGAGAUACAUUUUGGCAUGGAAAAAGAUGAAAUUGAAGAUAUUCUGCAAACAAAUAUGGAAGAGUGUCUGAGUGCUGUUGAGUGUUUUGAGGAAGAAGAUAGUAAUAGCAGGGACUCAUUAUCCUUGGCUGAUUUAUACGAAGAAUCUGCAGAAAAUUUGCAUCAGUUAUCAGACAAACUUCCUGCUCCUGGUAGAGCAAUGAUAGAUAUAAUACUGUUGCCCUCUGACAAAGAUCCUCCUAAAUUGAAAGACUGUUUGCCUACUGUUGGAGCAUUAAAACAUUUGAAAGAAUGGUAUUCAGCAAAAAUUACUAUAGCAGGAAAUCAUUGUGAGAUAAAUUGUCAGAAAAUUGCAGAAUACCUUUCUGCUAAUGUCGUAUCUUUAGAAGAUCUCGGAAGUGCUGUUGACUCAAAGGAAUUAUGGAGGGGAAAGAUUCAGAUAUGGGAAAGAAAGUUUGGAUGUGGAAUUAGUUUUCCUGAAUUCUGUUUAAAGGGAGUCACACCUACGAGUUUUAGUACGACUAAUUUAAAUACUUGCUUUCUUGACAAAAAGAUAAUACCAUCAAAGGAUAAGACUUGUUUGCCAAAGGUUUUCCAUUAUUAUGGCCCUGCUUUAGAAUUUGUGCAGAUGAUAAAAUUAUCAGAUCUACCCUCCUGCUAUAUGUCGGACAUUGAAUUUGAGUUAGGGCUAACAAAAAACAGUACCAAGAAGAACUCCAUGUUAUUGUUGGAGCAGGUUUCUUCUCUGCGUGGCAAGGUUGGUGCACUUUUCGUAUUGCCAUGUACUGUUAGUAACAUACUUAUUCCGCCUCCCAACCAACUCAGUUCGAGAAAAUGGAAGGAAUGCAUAGCUAAAAAGCCCAAGACAAUCAGUGUUCCAGAUGUUGAAGUGAAAGGAGAGUGUUCUAGCUAUUAUCUCUUGUUACAAGGUGAUGACAGUAGAAAAUGCAAAGCCACACUGAUUCACUCAGCCAACCAGAUCAAUGGCUCAUUUGCCCUCAGUUUCAUUCAUGGAAAGAUGAAGGCAAGGACAGAAGAAACCCAACUGAGCUUUCCUUUUGACUUCUUGUCACUUCCACAUUUUUCUGGGGAGCAGCUUAUACAGAGAGAGAAGCAGUUAGCUAAUGUUCAAGCUUUGGCUUUGAAAGAAUGUCUGAAAAGGAGAAGGUUGGCAGAGCGGCCCGAAGUCGUUUCUGUUGAUGAACUUAAAAGUCUGCUGACACUCACCAGGCGGUGCUUUUUAGAUCAUUUCGAUGCUGUUAUUCCUAAAACAGUCCUGAGAAAAACAGGGAAAAUUAAUACCUCCAGUCUGUUAAAUGACACCAGUCCAGUGGAACCUAUUUCUUCGAGUCUAGUGGAAACCAAUCCUCUGGAAUGGCCAGAAAGGCAUGCUCUUCAAAAUUUGGAAAUAUUUGAAAAAGCUAAACAAAAAAUGAGAGCUGGUUCAUUUCCUCGUUCAUCUGAACAGUUGCUGGGCCACAAAGAGGGUGCACGGGACUCGAUCACGUUACUGGAUGCAAAAGAAUUGCUGAAAUUCUUUACCUCAGAUGGAUUGCCGGUUGGAGACCUUCAGCCUCUACAAAUUCAAAAGGGGGAAAAGACUUUUGUUCUGACCCCAGAACUUAGUCCUCGGAAACUUCGAGUUUUACCUUUUGAAAAAGCCUCCGAAUGUCAUUAUCAUGGAAUUGAAUACUGCUUGGACGACCAGAGGUCUUUAGAAAGAGAUGGGGGAUUUUCUGAACUUCAGUCUCGUCUUAUUCGUUAUGAAACCCAGACUACCUGCACCAGAGAGAGUUUUCCAGUACCGACUGUGCUGAGCCCUCUCCCGUCUCCUGCUGUUUCGUCUGAGCCUGGAAGUGUCCCUGAUGGAGAAGCUUUCCAGAGCGAGUUCCGGACCGAAGUGUCCCGACUGAAAAGGAGAUCAAAGGACCUGAACUGCCUUUAUCCCAAAAAGAGACUUGUGAAGUCUGAAAGUUCAGAUUCUCUUCUUUCUCAGAUGAGUGGCAAUACAAGUCAUCACUGCCAUCCAGUGACAUCCAAAGAGCCACGGGCUGAGAGAUCAUUAUCUAUGACUUGUCCAGCUGUUCCAGUUCAUAGCUAUAAAACUCCAAAAGUCACUACCAAGGCCAAUUCAGGUCAAAAAAGUGGGCAUGAAUCAAAAGCACUAAGGCAAACUAAGGAAUCAAGAUCACAGAAACAUACACGGAUGCUGAAAGCAGUGGUUGCUGAGACCCUGAGGAGGCACAGUAUUCCUGAGGCCCACGAGUGCUUCGCUGCCUGCAGCCAGCGUCUCUUCGAGAUCUCCAAAUUCUACCUAAAGGAUCUUAAAACGUCAAGGGGUCUAAUUGAGGAAAUGAAGAAAACUGCAAACAACAAUGCUGUCCAGGUGAUUGAAUGGGUAUUAGAAAAGACAAGCAAGAAGUAACACAGAAUCAUUCCCGUUGGACAAUUGUUAAUUGGGCAGAGCUAUUACUUCUUCUUUUCUUAGUUUGAACAUUAUAAGCAAAUUUCAAACUUUACUCAAAGAAUAGAUAUUACAUCUCUAAAGAAUUUCAUAAAUAAUCCCAUAUUUAUAUAGUUUUGAGGAUGCUCAGUUAAUGUAUUUUUAAUUAUAUACAUAUUUUAUAGUUUCAUUAUAUUUUAAUUUUUAAAGCUAAUAUUUUUAUAUAUGUUUUGAAAUUUUUACUCUUGGUUAUUUAAUUAUUCCAAUAAAUAGAAAAAGAUGUUUCUUUA